UAAGGGGUCGGAUGAGGAGCCGAUUUGCAGAGGUGUGGAGUGUGUGGAUGCCACAGUGAUCCACUAGACUGACGUCUCUCUGGUAGCGCAGAGGAAGACCGCAGCACGGUUAUUACACAGACUUCAGUACAGGGAAGCAGUCGACUGUCUCUCCCGCAGAGAUACAGAGAAGCGAAAUAGAACUUCAUCAACGACAAGCUGUAGUUUUGCAGCAUGUUCCACCGUCGGCAAUCUCCGUUUCAACAUACUCGUCCAGCAACUGUUUGAUUUUGCUGGUGUCUUGGCAAUUCUUUUUAUUUUUUGUGAGGAAACAUUCGCCCUUUUCCCCUUUUUCGGCUGAUGUAAAAAAUAAAACACCUCUAUAUUGGAAUGAUGUGGACCUCUCAUGAUACUGUUGGAUUUGUUUUCUUAGCCGGGUUUUGUGUGCAAAUCGGAUUCUCCUUUGAAGGUCGCUUCACGGAUCUGCCCUCCAACAUGACGGUUAAGGAGGGACAAAACAUAGAAAUGGCGUGUGCUUUCCAGAGCGGUACCGCGUCCGUGUAUUUGGAGAUCCAGUGGUGGUUCGUGAAAGAGCCGGAACCCACUGAAAGCGAGGAGGAGGUCGAUGCUGAAGAGAUGGAGAUGAUACCAGAGCCUGAUCCUGAUGAUGAGGGGACAAAAAUAAGUACAGUGAAAGUCCAGGGCAACGACAUCUCACACAAGCUGCAGAUCUCAAGAGUCGGCAAGAGUGACGAAGGACUAUAUGAGUGCCGAGUGACACGAGCUAACUACGGAGAGAUUGUGGAGUACAAAGCUCAAGCCUGGCUGAAGGUUAAUGCCACUGCCAGGCCUCGACGACCACUGCUGCCUCCCAAGAAAAGCUCCCCGCUGCACCUGACAGACAAGAAGCCAAGGAAGUCCAACUCACCUCUGGGCCAGGACAGCAUGAGUUCAGACCAGAGAGUGGCCUCCACCUCCACCUCCCACACAUCCUCCAAUACAGCUAAACACAACCCCAGCUCAGGUACAAGAAUAUCAUCCACCUAUGGGCUGGCUGUCCUCCUGGCAUGUGGUUUGGUGAGGGAUGCGUUGUUAUAAUUUCAAGAACUGACAUGGUUUUCACCCCGAUCUACUCUCUCUCUGUUUGCUCUCAAAGUGAACAAGAAAAUUGUAUGUUCUAUCCCCGCCCCGCCCCCCACACACACAUACACACACACACACACACACCACACACACACACACACACACACACACACACACACACACCACACACACACACACACCAUGCGAACAGCACAGCUGGCCCUCAUUUCCCUGCCACUACUGCUCUUGCACCCAGCACAUUGUUAUUAGUCACUGCAAACACCAGUCACCUUUAAACCGGUUGGAUUACCUUUUGUACAGAAGUCAACUCAACACCAUCCGAGGUGCAACGCUCAGCGUGAAAACGGACUCUGUAUCUUGUUGGAACUCUCAUGGAAGAAUGACUUUCUUAUGGUUUCACUCUUCCAGUUCAUGUGUUUAUUGCUCAAAAGUGAACAAGAAAAAGGAGUAUCUAUAUUUGUGUAAUACAUAUUAUUCUAGAUAUCUCUGUUUUAUUUGAAACACCUAGAACUACUGUAUGUGCUGUAUACAUAGCUGAAACUCACCAUAUUCACGAAACUGCAUCGUAAAGGCAUUUUGGCCCUCUCAAAGAAACUACAGAAAAGAAAAGAGAUUAAAGUAAAUGUUAAUUUAGACUGUUAACAUUAACCAUAAGGUUAAAAGGGGUUAAGAUUCUCAUUUUUCCAAAGCUCUACUGGCCAUCUAAAUGAUCUAAUGUGCAUACAUUUACAUCUUGUUAGUGUCACACACAAGUAUGCAUAUUGGUCUAAUUGGUUUAAAAGAGAGGGACAUAAGUUGUUUGAGCUACGUAAGUCAACACUCUGGAGUUCAGUGUUUGUUAAACAUUAUAGUACGUUGAAUUUAGCUUUAAUUUAAUGUGCUAACUUUGAUGUGGAAAAAAAACAUUGUCCCUUGUUGUUUAAUUUGUAUUGCAUCCUCCAGUAGGAAUAAAAAAGGAUGUCACAAUCUAUGAGUCAUUGAAAAUCCUGAUAUGUGACCAUUGGAUGAUUAAUUUUAAUUGACCUGCACCAUUUUCAAAUGGCAUGCUAGUUGUUGUGCACCUCCCUAGUAUUUCUCAUUAUUACAGAGAAUGAAUGAGUAUUUACAGACUUUGGAUCAUGAGUAUAGCUAGUUUUUACUGUUUUGGUUCCAACAAACAAACAAACACAUUUCCAAGUACAUUUGAGUGACUGGAUGAGAUGCAGUGCAACAAUACGGAGAGUAGCCUUGCUUAAAUUAGUUUUGUUGUAAUCUUCUCUCUUAUAUCUUGCAGUAUUAUAUUUUUAGCUUUAUUUUCAGAUGAUAUAUCAUAGAGAUUUUUAUCCACGCAGAGCAUUUAUGAGCAAAACGCUUUGACAAUCUGACUCAAACACGGACACAGGUGUUUUUUUGGUUUCAUAGUGCAACAACAGAUACAGAAUAACCUCUAAAAUAAAUGGUAUUUUUUUUGUUAACUUUUGAGCUAAAAAGGAAAUUGUGAACCAGCUAUCAGAAAUGCAAACUCAAAUAUUUAUGAAUAAUAGAGUAGUUGAUUUACGUCUCAAGAAUCAUAUUCUAAGUGAAUGUUAUCCACCCUGAGGAUCAUGCUUACUGAGUGCGGCAGUUACCCUUCAAGGAGAUCAAUAUUUUAUUUUGGUAGACAAUGACUCUGAAACCCAUACUAUUUUUCUGCUCAGUUAAUUCCCAAAAUGUACACCAACUUAAGCUAACAUGAUGCAUGAUUAUGUAGUUUCUCAUAUGUUGUAUGGUAUAAUCUAACAUUCAUGCAUAACAUGUAAUUACAUGCAAUUGCCAACGAUUACUUUGCUGUGUGUUUUAAAAAACAAAAUGCUCACCUCCCUUCAAGCUUUUAUUCCGCUUUGCAGACACAGCAAAAAUCCCCCUGUAUAUUUGUACUGCAUUCCCAAAGAACUGUGGAAGGGAAACUUGUUGAUUCAGCACCAAAAGGCUGGCAGUCCUUGUCAUGCUUUGGGAUCAGACCUGAGACAUCUACUGAUCAGCAGCUUCCAGCCUGGCUACAAGAUGUGUAGGAAAUAGAUGGCAACUCUGUCUAAUCCAAAUUCCAAAUAGCUUCAGGGUGUAUUUUGACAGUUAAUCUAGCAUCACUCAUAUAUAUAUAUAUAGAUAUAUAUAUAUAUGUAUAGAUAUAUAUAUAUGUAUACACAUAUAUAAACAUGUGUGUAGACAUACACUAUAUAUAUAUAUAUAUAUAUAUAUAUAUAUAUAUAUAUAUAUACACCACUCUGCUGCGACUGGAAAUUGAUUGCUGUGUAUUGAAAUGAGAACAUGUUAUGUAAUAUGAUCCAGAAUGUUUAGUUUUCAGAAACCGUACAGCUUAUUUUAACGUAGAAUGGGAUGAAAAUGUUGAUUCUGUUGGAAAAGUGCACAAGCACUUUGAAGAGUGUGCUCAGUUUGAGUGGACAGCUUGUCCAACCCUCAUGUAAAAAGUUACAGAUGUGUACAACUUGUAAAUGAAAUAAUCAGCAUGUUAACCUUUUUUUUUUUAAAUCAAUUUAAAAAGGCAGAGGCCAGUGAUGUUCUGUACUUGUAACAAUGGUGUCAUGUACUCAUAUUCAAGUGUUAACAAGUCCAAAGUGGGUUUUCAUCUCCUCAAAAUGAACUUGGGUAAAAUGUAUAUGAAAAAAAAAAUCUAUAUAUAUAAAUAUAUAUUAGAAACAUCUCCUUUAUAAAGCUUUCAUCCUAAUCUAGGGUACUCACUUGACUGUGGAUCCUUGCAACAUAUUGUAUAACAAAGAAGGAGAUAUUGUAGCAAAGAUUGAUUUGAUAAUGUGAUUGGAGUGAUGAAAAAUGAGGCUUAGUAAAAAAACUUACUCAUGAGUUUGGGUUGUGAUGGAGGCUGAAUUGCUUACGAGCAACAAGAUCUCUGUUACCAAAGAGGAGAAGAGUUCACAGUGACUGCUACAGCAGCAGCUCUUCCACCCAGGAUGUUAUUUCAUAAACACAGCCAUUCUUCUGUUUGAUAUGCCACGCUACUCAUCCACUCUAGAUGUAUUUGUUUAUUCUAAUGUAUUUGAUUUCAAUGCAGUCCUGUCUGUUUGUUGAGCUGUCAAAAAUGCUGAUGAAUUAUAGUUUCUUUUCUUUCGUAUUGUGUGAGGCUUCUGUACUGGAACAUUGCAACAGUUUGUACUAUAAUGACAGUAUCAGAAUAAUAUUUAAAUAAACCAUUUUCACAGAUGAAA